AUGGCGCGGACUCUCGCCUUUCUUGCGCUGCUGCCUCUCAUCACCGCACAGCAGAUUGGCAAUAUCCCCGAGGUCCACCCUCAAUUAACCACCUAUCACUGUACCCGUCGCAACGGCUGCGUGAAACAGAACACCUCCAUCGUGCUCGACGCUGCCACGCACCCCAUCCACCAAGUCGGAGCCAACACCUCCUGCACCAAUGCCUCCGGCCUCGACCCCUCCAUCUGCCCCGAUAAAGAAACCUGCAGCCAGAACUGCGUUGUCGAAGGUAUCACCGACUAUAGCAAGUACGGCGUGCAGACCAGCGGCUCGCGCAUGACCCUCCGCCAGUACCUCCGCGAUGCCAGCACCAACCAAACCCGCUCUGUCUCACCGCGUGUCUACCUCCUCGCCGAGGACGGCGAGUCCUACCACACGCCAUCCCUUCUGAACCAGGAAUUCGCCUUCGACGUCGACGUCUCCACCCUCGUCUGCGGCAUGAACGGCGCCCUCUACUUCUCCGACAUGCUUCCCUCCGGCGGCCGCAGCGACCUCAACCCCGCCGGUGCUACCUACGGCACCGGGUACUGCGACGCCCAAUGCUAUUCCACCCCGUGGAUUAACGGCGAAGCAAACAUCGCCGACCGCGGCUCCUGCUGCAACGAAAUGGAUAUCUGGGAAGCGAACGCCCGCGCCACCGGUUUCACCCCUCAUUCGUGCAACGUGACCCGACUGUACGAAUGCACCGGCGCAGAAUGCGGCGACGCUGGCGUCUGCGAUAAGCCCGGCUGCGGAUUCAACCCGUACGCGCUCGGCGCUAAAUCAUUCUACGGAUACGACAUGACCGUUGACACUACUCGCCCGUUCACUGUCGUCACACAAUUCCUUACCAAGGCCAACACGUCCACCAGCGCACUCUCUGAGAUCCGCCGUCUAUAUGUCCAAUCCGGCCGCGUGGUCCAAAACGCUGUCGUUCAGUUCGAUGACGGAGAGAUUGAUUCUCUUACGGAGCCGUUCUGUAAGGAAACUGCCUCCGCGUUCACUCGUCUUGGCGGGCUGAAGCAGAUGGGCGAGGCUCUGGGCCGAGGCAUGACUCUUGCUUUCAGUAUCUGGAAUGACGCCGGCUCGUUCAUGCAGUGGUUGGAUGGUGGUGAUGCGGGCCCGUGUAAUGCCACCGAGGGAGAUCCGAAGUUGAUUGAGAAGUUGUACCCGGAUACGAAGGUGACGUUUGCGAAUGUGCGGUGGGGUGAUAUUGGGGCUACCUAUGGAAGGGGGACAGGAUUAUGA